AAGUCCUCUAGAGUCCGUUCAAGUCUAUUCAAGUCCAUCAAAGUCCCCUUAAGUCCGAUAAAGUCUCCUCAAGUCCGUCGGACUUUUCAAAGUCCGUUCAAGUCUAAAGUCCGCAGUUUCCCCCUUGUACCACCUUCAUCAUCAAUACAGCCCUCCGUCACAACCACAUUAGCUCAACAACCAUCAUCCAGCACCAUACAAACAUCUACAAUAGGAUUAAAUCGAGAAUUAGAAACAUUAAGAAGACGAUGUUUGCAUUAUGAAGAACAAUUAAUCGAUUUAAAAGAAGGAUCGCUACACUAUUUAAAAAGUAUAUGUGCAUUAUACGAGAAACGACCGCAAUUGAAAUCAACCACUGCCAAAAAUAUAGCUGAUCAACUUCCAUUGACAACAUCUGAGUUAAAUGGAUGUUUACAUACACACUGGUCACGAACAAACAACAACAUCCUACAGGCGUGUUUUAAAGAUGUCGAUCUGGCUCAUUUAAGUUAUCAAAAGUUAAAAAAACAAACGCGAACACAUUAA